AUGUCAAAUGAGCCCUCCUUAGAACAGAAUUUCCGCUAUCUCAUCUUUUGCUUCAGGUCCCGAUUGAAAUUGUGCAUCGAUGUGGAGCCCUUGUUGGGCUACCUAGACUUUCUGACUGCAGACGUGAAGGAACAGAUUCAGAGGACGAUACAAACGUCCGGGAACAUCCAAGCAGUUGAACUACUUUUGAAAAAUUUGGAGAAGGAGAAGUUCCCUGCCGGCUGGACUAGGACAUUUGUGAACUCCCUUCAGAGAUCAGGCAGCAGUUUAGCUGCUCUCUAUAUGAACCCUGACCUCACUGACUUGCCUUCGCCAUCAUUUGAGACAGCUCAUGAUGAGUGCCUUCACCUGCUGAAUCUCCUACAGCCCACUCUGGUGGACCAGCUUCUGGUUAAAGAUGUCUUGGAUCAAUGCGUGAUGACUGACUUGUUGACACUUGAAGACAGAAAUCGCAUUUCUGCUGCAGAAAACCAUGGCAAUGAAUCAGGUGUAAGAGAGCUACUGAGAAGGAUUGUACUGAAAGAAAACUGGUUUUCUACAUUUCUGAGGGUUCUGAAUCAAACAGGAAAUGAGAACCUCGCCAAAGAGUUAACAGGCUCUGAAAGCACUGCAGAUACUGAGGAUUUUUCACAAAGAGAUGGUGCUGAACCUAAAGAGCCACUUCUUUCUUCCACCGAUCACCUAAGUUCACAGAUAAUGGGCAGGGAAAUGGAAAAUAAUUCAUCAGAAUCAUCUUUUGCAGAUUCCUCUAUAGUUUCAGAAUCAGACACAAGUUUGGCAGAAGGAAGUGUCAGCUGCUUAGAUGAAAGUCUUGGACAUAACAGCAACAUGGGCAGUGAUUCAGACACCAUGGGAAGUGAUUCAGAUGAAGAGAAUGAAACAAAAAGAUCAUCCCCUGAACCAGAACUACAUCUCAGGUCUUACCAAAUGGAAGUUGCUAAGCCAGCCUUAGAAGGGAAGAAUAUCAUCAUAUGCCUUCCUACAGGGAGUGGGAAAACCAGAGUGGCUGUGUACAUUGCCAAGGACCACCUGGACAAGAAGAAAAAAGCAUCGGAACUUGGAAAAGUUAUGGUCCUUGUCAACAAGGUACCUUUAGUUGAACAACUCUUCCGCAAAGAGUUCAAACCAUUUUUGAAGAAAUGGUAUCCUGUUAUUGGAUUAAGUGGUGAUACCAAACUUAAAAUAACGUUUCCAGAAGUUGUCAAAUCCUAUGAUGUUAUUAUUAGUACAGCUCAAAUUCUUGAAAACUCCAUUUUAGACUCAGAAAAAGGAGAAGAUGCUGGUGUUAAGUUGUCAGACUUUUCCCUCAUCAUCAUCGAUGAAUGCCAUCACACCAACAAAGAAGCAGUGUAUAAUAACAUCAUGCAACGUUAUUUGAAACAGAAGUUGAAAAACAAGGCACUCCAGAAAGAAAACAAAAAAGAGAUCCCUCUACCUCAGAUACUAGGACUAACGGCUUCACCUGGAGUUGGAGGAGCAAGAAAGCAAGCCAAAGCUAAUGAACACAUUUUAAAAAUAUGUGCCAAUCUUGAUGCAUUUACCAUUAAAACUGUGCAAGAAAACCUUGGUGAACUCAGAAACCAAAUAAAAGAGCCAUGCAAGAAGUUUGAAAUUACAGAUAGCAGCAGAGAAAAUCCAUUUCAAGAGAAACUUCUAGAAAUAAUGACAAGUAUUCAAACCUUUUGCCAAAUGAAUCCAAUGCCAGAAUUUGGAACUCAACCCUAUGAACAAUGGACCAUUCAAGUAGAAAAAAAAGCUGCAAAAGAAGGAAAUCGCAAAGAACGUGUUUGUGCAGAACAUUUGAGGAAGUACAAUGAGGCCCUACAAAUUAAUGACACAAUCCGAAUGAUUGAUGCAUACAAUCACCUUGAAACUUUCUACAAAGAGGAGAAAGAAAAGAAGCUUGCAGUCUUAGAAGAUGAGAGUGAUGGAACUGGGUACAGUGAUGAUGAUGAUGGUGACAAAAAUGAGGAUGAUCAAAAGAAGUCUUUUAAGUUGGAUGAAACAGAUAGAUAUCUCUUUAAUUUAUUUUUUGAAAACAGGAGAAACCUGAAAAAACUGACUGAAAACCCAAAAUAUGAAAACGAAAAAUUGAUAAGAUUAAGAAACACCAUAAUGGAACAGUUUACUAAGACGGAGGGAUCAUCACGGGGAAUCAUUUUUACAAAAACAAGACAAAGUGCAUUUGCUCUUUCCCAGUGGCUUACUGAAAAUGAAAAAUUUGCAGAAGUAGGAGUCAAAGCCCACCAUCUGAUUGGAGCUGGACACAGUAGCGAGUUCAAGCCCAUGACACAGAAUGAACAAAAAGAAGUCAUUAGUAAAUUUCGCACUGGAAAAAUAAAUCUGCUUAUAGCUACCACAGUGGCAGAAGAAGGUCUGGAUAUCAAAGAAUGCAAUAUUGUGAUCCGCUAUGGUCUCGUCACAAAUGAAAUAGCCAUGGUCCAGGCCCGUGGUCGAGCAAGAGCUGAUGAAAGCACCUAUAUCCUAGUUGCUUCUUGUGGUUCAGGAGUUAUUGAACGUGAAAUAGUUAAUGAUUUCCGAGAAAAAAUGAUGUAUAAAGCAAUAGACCAUGUUCGAAAUAUGAAACCAGAGGAGUAUGCACAUAAGAUUUGGGAAUUACAGAUGCAAAGUAUAAUGGAAAAGAAAAUGAAGACCAAGAGAAGUAUCAUAAAGCAUUACAAGAAUAAUCCAUCAUUAAUAACUUUCCUCUGCAAAAACUGCAGUGUACUGGCCUGCUCUGGAGAAAGUAUUCAUGUCAUUGAGAAGAUGCAUCAUGUCAAUAUGACACCAGAAUUCAAGGACCUCUAUAUUGUGAGAGAAAACAAAGCACUGCAAAAACAGUCUGUGGACUAUCAAACAAAUGGAGAGAUUAUCUGCAAAUGUGGCCAAGCUUGGGGUACAAUGAUGGUGCACAGAGGUCUAGAUUUACCCUGUCUGAAAAUAAGGAAUUUUGUAGUUGUUUUCGAAAAUAAUUCACUAAAGAAACAGUACAAAAAAUGGGUAGAUUUACCUAUGAGAUUUCCUGACUUUGACUAUUCAGAAUAUUGUUUGUUCAGUGAUGAGGACUGAUUAUUUAAAAAUAUUAUCAACUUAAUAUUUAGUAUUAUUUUAAUUGAUGUUUUCAGUAUACUACAGAACUGAUGUAAGAAUGAAUAAAAUUGUUG